AUGGCACCCAAGCCUGAACCCAAACAAGAGACCAUGGACCAUGUUCAGAAGGCCAACAUGGAUGAUUUGGCCAAUAGACUUAGCAAACUCACUAUCGACGUUGCUAGAUUAAUGGAAAAGCCCAAGUACAGUCAGUAUAAUACUGGAUGGUGCUUCAUGUGCCUCUCUGAAGGCCACGGUUUCAAAGGUUGCCCCGAGACCAAAGCAUUUGUGGCAGCUGGGGUAAUCAGAUAUGACACCUCCAACAGAUUAGUUAUGUCUGAUGGUAGUCCGCUUCCUUGCUCAACAGAUGGAAGUCCAUUAGUGCAUUUAAUCUGCGAAAGAGCUAAUAUGCAUAGUGCAGCCACUCUGGAGUGGAUGAGUGAUUAUGAGCUUGCCAAUAGAGAAAUUGCUACCCUUGGUGAAGGGGAAUUUGAAGUCUACCCAGUGUAUGCAUGCCCAGGGGAGUGUGGUGACAGUGAUAAGCCCAAAGCAUCCAAGUCCAAGCCAUAUGAUUGGCCACCUUCACCAAUGAGGUGUACCAUGCCACCAGAGGAGGUGAAAACUGCACCAGCCCCCAAUUGGGCUUAUGAUUCUGAAAUGGCCACUGAUGCCACAGGAAGAUGA